AUGGCCCUGCGAUGCUACGAAGAAUGGUCUGACGAUCCCAAGUAUUACCGGACCAAAGUUACAACUACCCCUGGAUGCCCAAAACUUCCCACUUCGCAAUGGACCUUGCUGCUUGAGGGAAGAGCUGUUGACCUCGACAAAGUGUUCACCGGACGAUAUUCCACAGCAAUCGACUCAAAACAAACCCAGUCGCUUGGGAAGGGAUUUGAGCUUUCGCUCUCCCAACCUACCGUCAGCCACAAGGUUAAAUCAGCCGGAGAUUGGGGAAUCGCCACUGACAUAUGGACCCGCGCACUCACCUUCAUCAUGCCGUGGCGAGAAGAGGAAGUUAGGGAAUAUCGAGAGUACAUGUCUGACAUCUUCGGGAAUCACUUUUACACAGUCCAUGAGCGAGUCCUCGAUUUCGACCGAGCCGUUCGACUCCUUGUCGAGCAACAAAAAUUCCUCCGUCUUGAUGACUUCACCAGGUUCGAUGGGCUUAAGUCCAGUCACCUUUCAGCCUUCGGAAUGGUCGCGAUGCAAAGCUCACAUGACUCAGGAACCAAAACGGUCAGAGAUUCUGCUGGAGGAAAGAGCCAAACCAGAGGUGGAAGAGGUGAACCCUGUCAUAAGUGGAACCGAGGAGAGUGCGAGAAAGAGGCCAGGGAGUGUCUCUACUUCCAUGUAUGCGACCGAGGAAGCUGCAGGGGGAAUCAUAAGCGGGGAGAGUGCCCAUCGGACAAAAGAGGUAAAUGA